ACUUCCGCACCACCAAGGCGGGCCGCCUCGUCACCCACUACCUCGUGCGCGGCCUCGAGGCCACCGGCUUCGCACCUAAGGGCAGCCUGGAGGUCGCGUCCAUGCUGGAGCGCGCGGCAGACGGCCUUGUCGCGGGCGGCAAGCAGGGGAUCUACACACCCCUGUACUUCUUCCUCGUGCGGAAGCCCGCCGCCUGA